UCCGAGAGAGGAGUCGAGGAGCCAGAGCCGAGAAGAGGAACAGAAAAGGAACAAGAUCCUAGAUACCCCCCACCAGACGUAGAGGUGGUCCACGGAACCGCCUCCGCGAUCUACCAUCCAACGUUUGGUGCGUGUGCCAGACGUAUGGAAGCUCACCAAGAUAGCGGCUUAUCGUCUGCUGCGACGGAAACGGAAGCUGGACCGUCGAGCAGCGAACAAUGCAGCAACGAGCAAUGCACCAGUUCUUUAGACGACGCAGUGGGCAAGCUACUUCAAGGUUUGCUUCUGUUUGAAAAUUUCGACGGCUCUUUUUUCUUCGGCGCAAGCCCUUCCAAAUUUCCGUGGAAAUUGUUCUCGUCGCUAUCGGAGAAGGCAGCAGCGAGAGGACCUGCAGAGGACGUUAAAGGAGCCGACAGAGAGACCGCAUCGGUGAACCGUAUCCUUAUGGUAAUUAGCUACCAUGGAAUCCACGCUCCUCUACAGUUCUACAUGCUCUUCGGAGGGCGAAGAAGCGCUCACGUGAAACGUCCAAUGAACGCUUUUAUGGUUUGGGCUCAAGCGGCCAGACGUAGAUUGGCGGACCAAUAUCCACAACUUCACAAUGCCGAGCUUUCGAAAACAUUAGGAAAACUGUGGAGUAUCAGCCGCGUCGACGGAAACCGAAAACUGAGGAACAGAUGGGCAUCGUGAUGCACCGGGCUACUCUGUCCUCUCCGGGCACGUCGGUGGACUCCGCGAAUUCAUCCGACUGCAUCUAUCCUCGCCUGUACCCAGACACCGGGAUCAAAACGUACGACAGGCCAACUUAUCACGAUAGCAAAGCCAGCUACGAUCUCUCGAGAUCGGCCUGGACCACCGACUCCGGCAAAUACCCGGUCGAUCAUUCGAUCGUAGAAAGUAAACCGUACGACGCUAUGAGAUACGAGUCGAACGUGGCAACGAAAAGCUACGUGGACACCAAGGGCUACGAAACGGUCAAAUAUCACGAGGUAUCCACCGCCGCGAAAUACCACGAGACGAUUCCAAAGUAUUCCGAGUUGCAAGCGAAGCCUUACGAUCUACCCAAAUACCCGGAGAAUCCCCUAAAAUAUCCCGCGGAUGUUACCAGCCCGAGCAAAUCGUACGCGUGCGUACACAGCCAGUAUUACUCCGCUCCCGAGGGAUACACCGUGCACGAAGAGAACGAGUACCAAACGCAAGGAGUCUCGACCCACUCCUUUUAUCCAUAUAUCUCCGCGUCCAUGACGCAACCCCCUUACUACAUGGGUCCUCGA